UGCAGCAUUUUAGUAUUUUAUUUUGAAGGGGCUUUUUGUGGAAGCCGCAGCGCAUUGCUGUAAAUUGUCGGAAACUGCUGAUAAGAAGCUGCGUAGUUGAUGCAGACGGGCGAAAUCCGUCCUCUCUCCUCAAACCUUCUCAUGCUCCAGAAAGCAAUGGCAGUUUCCCUCCUGCUCCAGACCUGUUAGUGAUCCAGCUGCAGAUCCAGAUGAUGGGGCUCCUGCUGUGUCUGCUGGUCCUCAGCUCAGUGACCCUGAAGGAGGCUGUGGGUGGAGAUGUGUGUGUGUCAGGACACGACAGCGGGCCAGUGUUUGAAGAACAGCCAAGCAGCUUAAUUUAUCCAGAGGGCAUGACAGAAGGCAAGGUGACCCUCAGCUGUCAGGCCAGAGCCAACCCAGCUGCUUCCUACAGGUGGCUUUUGAACGGCACUGAGGUCCCACUGGGUUCGGAUCGGUACACCCUGGUGGCCGGCACGCUGGUGAUCAGCAACCCUGAGUCUGCUCGAGACACAGGCUCGUACCAAUGUCUGGCCAUCAACCGCUGUGGCACCAUCAUCAGCAGAGCAGCUAAUCUCAAAUUUGGCUACCUUCAUGACUUCCCUCCCGACACCAGGAGUCCUCAGACAGCAUAUGAGGGUGUAGGAACUUUCCUGGCCUGCCAGCCCCCUCCACAUUACCCAGCUCUGUCCUACCGCUGGUUGAUCAACGAGUUUCCAAACUUCAUCAGGAAGGAUGAUGGGCGCUGGUUUGUGUCACAGGUCACCGGGAACUUGUAUGUGGCCAAAGCAGAGCCAAAUGACACUGGAAACUAUUUCUGCUUCACCACCAUCAACAUGGACAUCAGCACCAAGAGCACCUUCAGCAAGGCCAACCAGCUCACUGUGCUUCCAGAUGCCAAUCCCAGGAAGUCUGCUCCGAGCAUUAAAGUGCGCUUUCCAGCAGAGACCUAUGCCCUAGCUGGACACACUGCCCAGUUAGAGUGCUUUGCUUAUGGAAACCCAGUCCCAAAACUGCGAUGGAAGAAAGCGGAUGGUUUGAUGCCAUCAAAGGCAGGUUUCUCUGUUGAGGGUCCCACCCUCACCCUGCCUGACCUCUCUUUUGAUGACGAGGGUAUUUACGAGUGUGAAGCCUAUAACUCAGAGGGAAGUGACACAUACCAGGGACGCAUCAAUGUGCAAGCUCAGCCGGAAUGGCUGCAGGUGAUGAGUGACUCAGAGGUGGAGAUCAGCUCAGAGCUUCACUGGAGCUGUGUGGCUGCUGGAAAACCACGACCCUCCGUACGCUGGCUACGCAAUGGACAGCCGAUUAGCACACAGGACCGGGUGGAGGUGAACGGAGCUCAUCUUAAAAUCAGUAACCUGGCCCUGGAGGAUUCUGGGAUGUACCAGUGUGUGGCUGAAAACAAGCAUGGUACCGUGUACUCCACUGCUGAGCUUAGAGUCCAAGUUCAGGCUCCAGAUUUCAGGCUGAACCCAGUACGGAGGUUGAUCCCAGCCGCUCGAGGAGGGCAAGUGAUGAUUGAGUGUCGCCCUCGAGCCGCACCAAAGCCCAGCCUGUUCUGGAGUCGUGGGACGGAGCUUCUCACCAACAGCAGCAGAGUCACAGUAACUCCAGACGGCAUCUUGUGGAUCCAUAACAUCAGCAGAGCAGAUGAAGGGAAAUACACCUGCUUUGCUGAAAACUACCUGGGAAAAGCCAACAGCACUGGACACCUGUCUGUCAGAGAUGCUACUAAGAUCACAUUGGCCCCUUCCAACGCUGACAUUAAUCAGGGAGAGAAUGUGACCCUGCAGUGCCAUGCCUCCCACGACCCCACCAUGGACCUGACCUUUACCUGGGCCCUCAAUGGGGUCCUGCUGGACUUGGAGAACUCUGCUGGGCCAUACCACCGGGUGGAAGGGAAGGAAAACAUUGGUGACCUGUUAAUUGUGAAUGCUCAGCUGAGUCAGGCAGGGAUGUACACCUGCACUGCUCAGACUGUGGUGGACAGCGCUUCUGCUUCAGCUAAACUAGUGGUUCGAGGCCCCCCAGGACCUCCUGGAGGUUUACUGGUAAAGAACGUAGCUGAGAUGUCGGUGGAGCUCAGAUGGAGUCGCGGCUACGAUAACCACAGUCCCAUUGGCAAAUACGUCAUCAUGGGCAGAUCAGCUCUCUCAUCAGAGUGGAAAAAGAUGAGGACAGAUCCAGUGAACAUCGAAGGAAACGCAGAGUCGGCUCGUGUGAUGGGACUCAUGCCCUGGAUGGAUUAUGAAUUCCAGGUCAUUGCCAGCAACAUCCUGGGCAGCGGAGAGCCCAGCAUGCCCUCCCACAUCAUCCGCACACAGCAAGCAGCUCCCACAGUGGCCCCGAGUGGACUUGGAGGAGGAGGAGGAGACCGCAAUGAGCUCAUUGUUACCUGGACGCCCAUGGCCAGAGAGUACCAGAAUGGUGACGGCUUUGGCUACAUCCUGGCAUUCAGGAAGAAAGACACGUCAUCGUGGACAGAGGUGCGAAUUCCCCAUGUGGAGUCAUCUCGCUACGUUUACUACAACGACAGCCUGACACCUUACAGCCCCUUUGAAGUGAAGAUUAAAGCUUAUAACCGCAGAGGAGAAGGUCCAUUUAGUCAAAUUGCUGUGGUCCACUCUGCAGAGGAAGAACCAAAAGUGGGACCUUCAAACAUCAAUGCCACGGCACUGUCCGCCUUUGAGAUCCAGGUUUCAUGGGAACCCGUCCAGCAGUUCAGUGCCAAUGGCAUCCUCCGAGGAUACGAGAUCCGGUACUGGCGGCAGCAUGAACGGGAAGCUGCAGCGGACCGGGUGAGGACAGCGGGCCUGGAACCUACAGCCAGGGUGUCUGGACUUCGACCCAGUACUCGAUACCACGUCGCUGUUCUGGCAUACAAUAGCGCUGGCACUGGGCCGCCAUCACCGCGCACCACUGUCACCACAAGAAAACCACCUCCAAAUCGUCCUCCUGGCAACGUGUCAUGGAAGACUCACGGCUCAUUGGUAACGGUGAGGUGGGACCAUGUGACAGCCAUGCACAAUGAGUCAGCUGUGCUGGGCUACAAAGUCCUGUACAAACAUGAGGACCAGGCAGCAUUGAAGUUUCUCGACAAGGCGAAGACUUCAGUGAACCUGCCACUGCCAAAAGACAAUGGUUACGUGGUAUUGGAGAUUCGAUCCUGGGGCGAGGGCGGGGACGGGCCGGCACAUGAGAUUAUCGUGUCCCGGGACUCAGGAACUGGCAUGAUGGUGCAGAAGGAUGCCUCCUCCACACUGUCCAGCCACCCUCUCCACCUCCUCACUGGCUGCCUUCUUCUCACCCUUGUGUCGCUGUCAGGCCUGUGAUCUCAGCCAGUCUGUGGACUUUUUACUGUUGAUGGCUUGAAGUUGAAGCUCUCCUGUGUCUCAGUCUGUGUUUUGGGUCAAGGGGGGGGGAGGUUCAGGGGGGUUGGGAAUGAGUUUUCUUUUUUAUAAUGAUGACAAAGAGGGUCUUUUUUAAAAAUGUCUGAAUGGGUUAAAGGGGGAACUGUAUUUGUGUACCGUUGUCAGUAUAAACCAUGCCUUAUGGGGACCAUCGCGUCUGUGGCCGACGUGUCUCAUUCCUGCAUUCUCCAAACCAUAUCUGGAGAGACACAAGCUUCAGGUCUAAACUACUCAUAGACUCAAUGGUGUGUAUAUCCUGUGUACAUACAGUACAGCUGAUGGAGGCCUGUGUGUUCACACUGAGAGCAACUUGACUGGCUGAGCAGUUGUGAGUGCUGUGUGAGCUGUACCUACAUCUGUAAUAUUAUCAUGCAUCUUUCAGUGGGGCUUCACCAAACUCUCCACUGUACAAACUUCUUGUAAUGAAUGCUGUUUUUCACAAACAACCUAGUGGUAUAUGUUCCAUUCUCUCUGUUUGUUUGGUUUUUUUUUUCUCCAAAAAAUGAGUAAAAAGUCAAAUUGUACACAGUAGAGCAUCAGGACUUCCUGCCAGAAAUCACCAGCCAAAAACAUACAUUCAUAUUAUUGAGACUCUUCGUCAUACCUCACAGCAGUCCAUGUGUGUGUACACAAGGGAGUAUGAUCAAGGCUUAAUGCCUCAUUCUACCUAUCGUUGUGCCCAUUUAACAGUCAACUUGUCCAUUUGCUAGAUUUGCCUCAAAUAUGUUGAAACUUCUGUGAUGGAUUAUGGAAAGACCCGACUGGAUGCCCAGAGGCUGGAUGAACAAACAGGCUCUUCAGCUGUUUGACUAUGUUCAAAACUAGUCAGUUUAUCACAUGCUGGCUGUGUAACAUACACAAUGCAUGAAUUGUGGUUCAUAAGUCUUUUGCCAGAAUGUUCCACAAAACCUCCACAGGAGGCAGGAUAGUCUCCUCACUUAUUUGUCAGCAUGUAGCAGUGGUUCUGUUUUUGUCACAGUAGUGCUCCAUGUGUAGAUUCCAUAAAACUUAUACUGUGAGUUAAGCAAUGCCCUCAACGACGUCAACUUCUUCACAAAUUGUUUGCAGUGUUUACAUCAUAAAAACUCAUAGAUAUUGGCUAUUUGUCCGUCAAUAAGAUGCGACCGAAUACUUCGGUCUCAGAAAUUAUGAGCAUCUCAAAUAUAUUGAAUGUUAAUGUGAGAACAUGAGCACAUUACAAAGAUGUGUUUAAAGUUUUGACAAGCUAACAAUACCCUACAGCAACAGUUGUUAUAACGCAGCAAGAUAACAGAAAAGGUCUAACAUAAAAUCCUUGUUCAGUCUUCAGAGAGGCAGUAAUCUGUGGGCUCCAGUCAUCAGCUGACUUCAGUUUGAGGUGACGGGACGCCCUCAAUGUUUGACACUCUCAAACUAUUUACCGCUGACUUCCUCCUAGAGGAAAGGUGGUGGAUGUCCAUUAAUAAAACACAACUAUGAAAAGGAAAUGACCUCAUAGAUGUCCUGUGUUCUGAGACUGCAUCAUUAUCAAGUUGCCUCAGCAGCUUCUUUUUUACAUUAACAAAUUUGGCAACUCAAAUAUGACUGAUGCAGUGUUUAUCCUUUGUUUCUCAUUUUGAUCAUCUGCCUUAACUGAACUUGUUCUGACUUGCUGGUCUUGUUGCUCACAGUGUGAACGCAGAAUAAGAGUCACUCACUAAAAAACUGGUUAGAGUAUACUUAUUUGUGCUUUUGAGUCAGCUGUAAUUAGAGCAAACUUCCAAAACACUGCUCCAAACGAAUGUUUCCAUUUUGUAUAUUUCGUUUCAUUUUGAGGGAGGUGAAAAUUGGAAUCAUAAACUGUUGGGAUAAAAGCAUUACGUUCUUUGUUUACCUUAUUUGUGCCUGCUUCCAUUGAAGGAUUCUUCCAGCGUCUGUAAAAAUGCUUGUGUUUAGUGUUUAUUGGAUUUUUGUAACUGCUUUUAUGCUGAUAGGCUGAUAUGAAAUGGCUGGGGCAGCAGGAAAGAAUCACUGAUAGACAUGAAAGAGCUGGUGACCAAAGUUAUCAGAGUGCAGUACACAGUGUCAUAUAUGGUCCUCAUUGUAACUCUGUCAGAAUCUAUCAGCUCUUAAGUAACAUACCUGGUCCGCUCCAGUUACCAGGAAGGAAGUGUCUGUAUUUUAUGUAAUUCUUAUCUACAGCUUGUCAGCUUGUCAAAAGAAGACAUCAAGUGCUUGCAAUUUGUGUUUUACUUUUGUUGUUGCCUUAAUUUUUGUGUGGUUUUUAUUGUUGAUACUGGUUUCUGUUGCCAAGUUAAUUCACAAGUGUUUAAAGUGCAACUGAUGCUUUGGGUUUAGGUUGUUGUCUAAGAGGCUUCUGAAACACGUGGUUUUCGUUUUCUGUAAUUACAAAACACACACACACACAAAUUAAACUACCCUGUCUUAUUUAAA